GAGGUAGACAGGAGAUUGAUCCCACAAGAAAUAAAUAAAUAAAUUAAUAAUUAAAAAAACGCUCCCAUCCUCAUAAAAACAAACCCUUCAAAGAAUUCACCAUCUUCUUUUCUGAUAUUACUUUUAAUUUUUGGAGCUGCUAUAGCUGCUAGCUGUAAUUGCUGUAAGUCUUCUAUAUGCUAUGCUAGCUGCAGACGACUCAUCACCCGUGCUCGGAAUCCCCUCCACCGGGGACGUUGCCGCCCCUGCCGCCGCGCCAAUUGGAGCUCAGGAAGUUGGUGGUGAUGUUGGCUCAAACUCUGGCGGCGAAGACGAUAAAGGCGACCGCAAUUUCGGCGGAAACCGGUGGCCAAGACAAGAAACUUUGGCUCUUUUGAAGAUACGCUCCGAUAUGGAUCAAGUGUUUCGUGAUUCCAGUCUCAAAGGUCCAUUAUGGGAAGAAGUUUCAAGGAAAUUAGCAGAGCUUGGGUAUAAUCGAAGUGCCAAGAAAUGCAAAGAGAAGUUCGAAAAUGUCUACAAGUAUCACAAGAGAACCAAAGAUGGCCGAACGGGUAAACCAGAGGGCAAACAUUACAAAUUCUUCGAUCAAUUAGAAGCUUUUGAUCAUCAUCAUCAUCAUCAUCAUCAGCAUCACUCUCAGUCGUUUACUCCACCAUCUUCAUUAUCAAAACCUCAAACGGAAACUCCAUUUCAAACUGUAAUUACUUCUCCUCCUGCUCCAACCGUAAUGGCUUGGACUAAUUCAACAAACCCUAUUGCCCAAAACACCACUCAACAUGUUGCAGCAAAUAACCCUACACCAAUUUCGUCAACGCCUCCAUCACAUAGUUUUCCCAAUAUUUCAUCUAAUCUUUUCUCGAGCUCGACCUCGUCGUCGACGGCGUCGGACGAGGAGUAUUUGGAAGUGGUGGGGAGGAGUAAUAAAAACAAUAAGAGGAAGCGGAAGUGGAAGGCCUUUUUUAAGAGGUUAACGAAAGAGGUGAUCAAGAAGCAGGAGGAGCUGCAGGUUAAGUUCUUGGAGACAAUCGAGAAAUGCGAACAUGAAAGAUUGGUUCGUGAAGAAGCUUGGAGAAUUCAAGAAAUGACACGAAUUAAUCGGGAGCAUGAAAUUCUAAUUCAAGAAAGAAGCACGGCGGCAGCUAAAGACGCCGCCGUCGUUGCAUUCUUGCAGAAGAUCUCUGGACUACCCCCUCAGAUAAACUUGAUCCAAUCACGAGAAAAUAAUCCACCGCAUCCGCCUGCUGGGCCGCCACUAGAAGUAGCGGUUAGGCCACAACAACCACCACAAGUUCUACUGCCACCGGCGCCUACAACAACUACGAUUAAUUUCGAUACUACUACUCCGAAACCGCAUAAUGGCAAUAGCGGUGGUGUUAUAUCAAUAUCGAGCUCGUCCAGAUGGCCGAAAGCUGAAGUUCAAGCUUUGAUAAAAUUCCGAACUGAUUUCGAUAACAAGUAUCAAGAGAACGGACCGAAAGGGCCUCUGUGGGAGGAGAUCUCGGUGGCAAUGCGAAGCGUGGGGUACAAUCGGAGCGCGAAGCGGUGUAAAGAGAAGUGGGAGAACAUAAAUAAGUAUUUCAAGAAAGUGAAGGUGAGCAACAAGAAGAGGUCGGAGGAUUCGAAGACAUGCCCGUAUUUCAACCAGUUGGACGCUUUGUACAAAGAAAAGAUGAUGAAACCGGUGAAUAACCCGAUGGUGCCAUUGUUGGUUCAGCCGGAGCAACAAUGGCCGUUGAUGCAAGAAGAUGAAGAUCACCAUCACAAUGCAGAUCAGAUGCAAGAAGAUGAAGAAGGCGAAGAUGUGGACACCGAAGACGACGAAUACGAAGGUGGAGACGGCGGUGGCGGUGGCGGUGGAGAUGGUGGUGGCGGUUACGAGAUAGUAGCCAAAAAAGCAGCUUCUCCAAUGGGAAAUGGUGAGUGAAUUGAAGAGACAAGACAAAAACUUAGUCAAGAAUCGAUCAAAAUUUUUACAUUACGGUAAAAAGGUCAAAAGUAAUUUAAUUAAUUAAUUAAUUACAAUUUAUGACAACAAAAUUAAAUUUCAGCAUGCAUGAACUGGAGUGGAGAUCAUACACGUGGUGGGUUUGUAGUUAAAUAAAUAAAAUUUCAUAGUAGUGGGAUUUUUUAUUUAUUUUAUACGGUCGAUUAAUUAUUAUUCUCAUGAAUGCAAUAAAUUUUAAAAAAAAAAACCAAAUGUUUGUACGUGCGAUUGAAUGGAAAUGCGAGAAAUGGUUUGUAGUGUUUGUUUUUGAGUAUAUGAAGAAUAUUUUUUAAUUUUAAA